UGGAUUGUAUACCACCUGUGUCCAUGGAGGGGAUUGGAACACCUGAAUCACAUGAUAUGGAGGGGAUUGGAACACCUGAAUCACAUGAUUGUGAGGGGAUUGGAACACCUGAAUCACAUGAUAUGGAGGGGAUUGGAACACCUGAAUCACAUGAUUGGGAGGGGAUUGGAACACCUGAAUCACAUGAUAUGGAGGGGAUUGGAACACCUGAAUCACAUGAUAUGGAGGGGAUUGGAACACCUGAAUCACAUGAUAUUGAGGGGAUUGGAACACCUGAAUCACAUGAUAUGGAGGGGAUUGGAACACCUGAAUCACAUGAUAUUGAGGGGAUUGGAGCACCUGAAUCACAUGACUGGGAGGGUGGGGCCAAUACUUUUGACAAUAGUGUGUUUGUG